UAUUGCUAACUCUUGCUGAUCAAGCUACUGGCUUUUAUUUUUUCCCCACUUGCACCUUCACGAAAAAAAUACACCCGAUGCAAUCAGUGCAAUUGUUUUUAGGUUGGUUUCAUGUUUAUGAUUUGCUAUGCAAUUCAAAUGCUAAAUAAGGAAGAAUCACAAAUCUUCAUCCCAGGACAAACAGAAUCAAAGGGUAAAAGCUGUUGUCACAGAGCUGUUGAUACCUCUUAAUGAGAGUCUUGAGGAUGGAGUCGACCCAGGGAUGAAGAGACUGUAGCACAAACCUUGGGUUUUUGUUUGGUGAUGAGUAAUUAAUGGACGCCUGAUAUAUCUGUAAUCUCUGCAAGGCAAGGAGCUGAUGUCAUCAUGAAAAUCAUGAUAUGAUUGCCCCCCAGGAGAAACUAUGACUUGGAACGACACCACAAUGGAUGGGGAAGGGUUGCUUGUUGAAAGGGACUCCUCCUUUCGAAUCCUCACCGGCUGCUUCCUUUCUCUGUUGAUACUCUCCACGCUUCUGGGGAACACGCUGGUCUGUGCAGCUGUCAUUAGAUUUCGCCAUCUGAGGUCCAAGGUGACCAACUUCUUUGUGAUCUCCUUGGCAGUGUCAGAUCUUUUGGUGGCGGUCUUGGUCAUGCCUUGGAAAGCUGUUGCUGAGAUAGCCGGUUUUUGGCCUUUUGGUUCAUUCUGCAACAUAUGGGUGGCAUUUGAUAUUAUGUGUUCCACAGCCUCAAUCUUAAACCUGUGUGUCAUUAGUGUGGACAGAUACUGGGCCAUUUCCAGCCCGUUUAGGUAUGAGAGGAAAAUGACUCCCAGGGCAGCCUUCAUCAUGAUCAGUGUGGCAUGGACCUUGUCUGUGCUGAUUUCUUUCAUUCCGGUGCAGCUGAACUGGCACAAGGCUAAAACAACAAGCUUUUUAGACUUAAAUGUCAGUUUUCAAGGUAUGACCAUGGAAAACUGUGAUUCCAGUCUAAACAGGAUGUAUGCCAUCUCCUCUUCUCUAAUUAGCUUUUACAUACCAGUGGCCAUUAUGAUAGUGACCUACACAAGGAUAUACAGGAUUGCUCAAAAACAGAUAAGGCGAAUCUCAGCUCUGGAAAGAGCAGCAGUGCAUGCCAAGAACUGCCAAAACUCCACUGGUAACAGAAACAGUAUUGACUGCCAACAGCCAGAGAGCAACUUCAAAAUGUCUUUCAAGAGGGAAACAAAAGUUUUAAAGACUCUGUCAGUGAUCAUGGGGGUGUUCGUAUGCUGCUGGCUACCCUUUUUCAUAUUGAACUGCAUGGUGCCCUUCUGCGAACCUACUGCACCAUCAAGGGGAGCAGAACCCUUUUGCAUUAGUUCCACCACCUUUGAUGUUUUUGUUUGGUUUGGAUGGGCUAAUUCCUCACUGAACCCCAUCAUUUAUGCCUUCAAUGCUGAUUUCCGCAAGGCUUUUUCAACUCUGUUAGGAUGCUACAGACUCUGCCCCACCUCCAACAAUGCGAUAGAGACUGUUAGUAUCAACAACAAUGGAGCAGUUGUUUUUUCAAGCCAUCAGGAGCCCAAAGGAUCCAGCCCAAAAGAGUGUAACCUGGUGUAUCUGAUCCCACAUGCUAUUAUCUGUCCAGAAGAAGAACUUCUGAAAAAGGAAGAAGAGAGUGAACUAUCUAAGAGCUUGGAGAAAAUGUCUCCAGCACUGUCGGGAAUCUUGGAUUACGAAGCUGAUGUGUCUUUGGAAAAGAUCAACCCCAUUACUCAAAACGGGCAACAUAAAACCUGAACAGCAAGGUUAGCUCAGUAAAAUUGAAUCGUCAAAAAAGAUAUACAAGAUUUUUUAGUAAGAAACUAAGCUAUAGUGAGAAUUAUACCACCACAGGAAGUCCAGAGUUGAUUAUUUUCUCUUCAGUCAAACAUAGCAUUUAAAAACAAAGAAAGAAAAAAGAAACAACUAAAACCUAAAAGGUAUUUUUGUAUUGUUCAUACUGAAUAAAACUGAGAUGCAAGUUUAGGUAGUGUGAUGACAAGAAAAAUGUUUCUUCUCUGUAAGGACUUAGAGUUCAUCUGGAUUCUUGCUUAAAAUGAAGAAAGCUAUAAACCACGAACCAUUUAAUGAUUAACCCUUACUAGCAGAAAAAUGAAGUUCUGUUUGUCAUUUCUAGUGCUAGUGGGUGCUAAUUGGUUCGAAACGAAGUGUGAGGGAUUGUAAAGCUGGGUAGAUGCCUUCAUAAAUUAUUUCUGAAAAAUAAUUGAGCCUUAUAAUGAGAAUGGGUAUUUUUAAAGAUUUUGGAGGUAAUAAGUUGAUGCUGGCUUUAUUUAUUUAUUGUUUUAAAUGGAUAUUUUUCAUAUGUUAUAACAGAUCUAGCUUUAUUUAUCUUAUUUAAAAUGUCUAAAUAAUGGGAUAUUUGUAGGGUCUCACAACUACUUUUUGACCAGUCAACUUGUCAGCACUUUAUAAAUGACUAUUAAAAAUUCUGUUAGCCUGGAUAACCAAUGAGGUAAAUAAAGAUAAUAUAACUUUAAAAGUAUAGCAAAAGAUGUAGGGGAGUCAGUAAAACUGAAACUGCAGAAUUUUUUUGUGGGUUUCUUUAAAAAUAGGACCAGAGUUGACUGAUUGAUGAGUUGUGAAAGCUCUUCCCUUUAUAGAAAUAAAAAGACUUGCUGCUAUUUAUUUUAAAUUUUCAUGUUACAAAGACUUUGCUAGAAUGUCAGUUUGUGGAUCUGUAAAUACCUUAAAUAUGACUUCAACCUUAAGAAAAAUCCUAUUUGAGAAGAAAAAGCUUCUUAGAAAACAAUCAUUAGUAUAUACUGUUUUGUAUUUAUGUAAGAUAAACAGUUUUCUCAGACCUUUCUUAUUUCAAGUCUUGGAUAUCUUUUCUGAAGAAACACACCUGAUUAUAAUGGUAGUAAAAUGACAAAUCUUGUUACCAUCUGUAUUACUGCAGCCACACCAGUAGUCAAAAAUCAUGUUGUUUGUCUGCUGCUGUAUCACAGUCUCAAUUAACUUUACAAGUGAGGUACUUUAUUUAGUGCUUUACCUUGGAAGCUAGAAGGACAUUAAUUUUAGUCUUUAAUAUGUUAAUAGUACAUUGAAUUAUGAAUAGUGCCUCAUUUCCAUUUUGGAUUAAGACAUUUCUAAACAUGUACGGAUCUGCAGUCCCCAUUUCCAAAUGUCCUGUGAGCUCCAAGAAAAGUUGCCAAUGUUUAUUUUCACAACUGCUACUUUUUCAUUGUACUUGGAAACCAAAAUCCUUGCUGCUUUCCCUUUGUAAUGUAAAAAGCAGCUAGUGAACAUUAGCAACAUUCGUCAAUAUUAAUAUACAGCCACGUUCCAAGAAAACCCUUUGUUUUUUGGAAUGUAGCAAAAAUACCCUUUGGAGAAUCCCUUCACCACAUUUAUCACAGGGUAUUAUCAGAAAAAGAAAAGUGAAGGAGUAAUUAGAAGUCGAAAGAAAUAUACAUCCUGCAUCAGGUCUGUGUUAUAUAUGUAUUGUGAAUGUUUUCAUAAUUUUAUUGCCUGUAUGCUGCUUUCAUACAUAUAAUAAAAUUAUUUUGUGAACAGAAGGUCAAAUAAAACAAUCUACAUUGC